CAGAACUUCGCACCUGCGUGGUGAUUAUACUGUACGCAUAUUGACCUCAGCAACUCAAACGCAGAGAUAAGGUGUGGACAUAUUAGCCCUCACUCAAGUAUGGAGACAUUACUAAAGAUCUGCAGGUAGACAUCAGACUUGCCUUUGCUUCCACUGCACCCCACUGCAACUCCUUCACCUGCACUGACAUCAAGUUAACACCGGCUGCCACUCCUCCUCCAAUUUUGUUUCUGUUCACACCUCACUGCAAGCCGUCAUUAUGUAUCAGAUUGUCCCUGGAGAGCAACAGAUGUCUGCAGAUGCUCGCGGCUCCCCGCUCAAGAAGAAAUUGGCAAAUGAAGGCCGGCCGCUGAUGAUAGCAGGCAUGCUAGGCUGUGUGCUGGUCCUGGCUGCUGUGGUCGCCUGGUGCUACUACUCAGUGUCUCUCCGUAAAGCCCAGCUGCUGAAGACUGAGUUACUAGACCUGAAUAAGGAUGGUUUUAUCAUACGUAACCAGGCAGGGGCUGUCAUCUUCACCAUGAACUUCAGGUCUGGCAAUCUGGAUCUGGACUCUUGCUCAAAAGAAGGAAAUAUUCUGAGCUGCAUCAAGUCAUAUACUGGCAAGAUCAACUUUUUCAUUGAGACGGUCCGACUAAAAGACACUGUGAUGUGUUACCGUGUUCGCUGGGAGGAACUUCAAAAUAAGGAAUUGGUAGAACAUGCAAUGGCCUAUAAUAACUCUCACUGGUACGGAGGGGCAGAGACAGCAGUUCAGUACUGGCCUAUCAGGAUCCAGGGCGAAGAGGAACCACGGCCUUUCAUCACCAGUGAUGUCUACGCCAGUCGAAAUGCUUUUGGGGGAAUCCUUGAGCGAUACUGGCUGUCAUCAAAUGCAACAGCAAUCAAGAUUAAUGACUCGGUACCAUUUCAUUUAGGUUGGUCCGAGAAGAACAGAACUCUGAGGUUUCAGGCGCGAUAUGAGAAUUCUCUGUUCAGACCAUCAGCAGGACAGCAGGCCUUUCCUCAACUCAGCUACAGAGUUUGCGUGGGGUCAGAUGUUACUUCCAUUCACAAAUUAAUGGUGCGGCGAUAUUUCCCCAAGCCCAUCAAAGUCCCAUCUCCUGAAGUGUUCAAGCAACCAGUGUGGUCCACAUGGGCUCUCCACAAAACAGCUAUAACUCAGGAGAAGCUGCUGCAGUACGCCUCUGACAUCACUAAGCAUGGUUUCCCAUGCUCCCAUCUGGAGCUGGAUGAUCGCUACACUACUGACUAUGGAGAAUUUGACUUUGACCCUCAGAAGUUCCCCAAUGCCAGCGGCAUGUUUGAGAAACUUAGAGAGGACGGAUUUCACGUGACUCUGUGGACGCAUCCUUUUAUCAACUAUGACUCCAUUAACUUUGGUGUAGCUAUGGAGAAAGGGCUCUUUGUUCGAGAGCCGAGCGGUGAGCUGCCUGCUCUGGUUCGGUGGUGGAAUGGGAUUGGAGGAAUCUUGGACUUAACCAAUGAAGAAGCCCGGGAGUGGUACUUAUCACACUUACUCAUGCUCAAAACCCGCUAUGAUGUUACUUCCUUCAAGUUUGAUGCCGGAGAGACAAGCUACCUCCCCCGUCAGUUUAGCACCCUGGUCCCACUGUCUGACCCUGCCACCUUCACCCGGCGCUACACGGAGAUGGCCAUACCAUUCAAUGAGCGUGCUGAGCUGCGUGUGGGUUACCAGAGUCAGAAUAUCUCUUGCUUCUUCAGGAUCAUUGACAGAGACUCUGUGUGGGGAUACGAGCUCGGCCUCAAGUCCAUCAUCCCCACUGUUCUGACCAUUAGCAUUCUUGGCUACCAGUUUGUCUUACCUGAUAUGAUAGGAGGGAAUGCAUACCCCAACCACACUACUGGAGGGACAAACGGAACAAAUGGUCUACCAGACAGAGAGCUAUACAUCAGAUGGUUGGAGCUGUCUGCUUUUAUGCCUGCCAUGCAGUUCUCGAUACCACCAUGGGCCUAUGACAAUGAGGUGGUACAGAUAGCCCGGAAGUUCACUGGACUCCAUGAAACUCUCGUAGCCCCAAGGGUUCUUGAACUGGCUGGUGAGGUUCUUGAUACAGGAGACCCAAUCAUAAGGCCUCUGUGGUGGAUCGCCAAUGAUGACGAGGCAGCCUAUAAGAUUGACUCCCAGUUUCUGAUCGGGGACGACCUGAUGGUGGCUCCGGUGUUGGAGCCAGGAAAACAAGAAAGAGAUAUCUACUUGCCUGCAGGGCGUUGGGAGAGCUAUAAGGGGGAACAUUUUGACAAAACACCUAUUUACCUCACUGACUACUCUGUGGACUUGGAUGAGGUAGCUUACUUUACAUGGGUUCACUGAAAGACACAUAGAAUUACACACAUAUUACUGUACGCACAUUUUAAGAAAAUAUGCCAAGUUACAAAGAAGAAUGUUCGCUUUCCAAAAGGGUGAAUAAUGACCUGCUUUUUGUCAAUCCAUCUGCCCAAAGAAUUAGAAUUCACUCCUGAUUCUUUUUGCAUCUUAAAGCUACUCCUCAUCCUCAUGUGCCUUCCACAGCCAACACUAAAACUGAUCCCAGAUUGUACCAUCACAGUCAAGGUUUCUGCAAAAUAGCUGGUAGCUUGUAGGUUUUUUUCAGUGUGAUUUUUUUUAGUAAAGGGUAGAUUAGAUAACUGUGCCAAAAGAUUACUGAUAUGUGUCUUUCCUGCUGGCGAAUGGGGUGGGGCUCUGAACAGGCAAUAAAUGCGUGCCAUUACGGACAGAUGCACCUCUGCCCAGAAGGCUUGGCUAAACUUCCAUCUUUAAACUACCUAAUUAUUAACUUGUUUUGUGCUAAUAAUUACAUGUAAAUAAUUUUUGUCAGAUGCAAUUUAUUUUAUUAACAUUUUCAUUUGAAAUAAGCACUUGAUUAAUAUAUGUAUGGACAUGUAAUUUUAGAUACUUGUCAACAAACUGCAAAUAUUUUUAAGUUAUCAGCUGUCAUCAAUUUACCCUUUUGUGCCAUUUUGUCAUUUUAGUGCCAAAAAUACAAAAUAUGCAAUUUUUUUCAUCUGCACAAGUCAAAUUCACUUCUCAGGUACAUUUAAAAGAAAGCAUUAAUGUUAGAAAUGAUUUUACUACUGCUACUGAUUUACCUUAUUAAACAAUUCCUAAAGAUGCCAUUUUUAGUGUGCCGUCCACAUCUGCCUUGUGACUUGAUUUGCCUUAUUAGCUAAAAGCCAACGUGUCCUGAUAUCAGCACAGAGAAAUAGUCUUGACACACUCCUUUCCUCACACAGCAAUAGGUUUUAUGGAUUGUAGCUUCAUAUCUUAAGCAACAAUGUUGCAAAAUGCAUGACUUUGUCUGCUCUUAUACUGUGAUUGCUAGCAUGAAAGUAAAGCACAAAGCUGGCUGAAGCAUCUGGAUACUUUGCUUAAAAAUAGUUCUAAGAUAGCUCUGUAAUUCCAUUUUUCCUCUUCUGUUAGUGUUUGGUUAGUUUGAUAAAAAGCAAUUUGCUGUUUGUUUUCAUAUUCCCAAAAAUCUUAAACAUACCAGCUUCUUCGCUUAUUUGUAGAACGACUAUAAGCAGAUAUUUUAGAAGAUUUUCCAAAAAGUUUGAUUUCAGAAUGUAAAAUGUUAAAUAUGCAGAGAUUUGCAUUAUUUAACUGCAUUAUUUAUAAAGGGAAAUUAAUCUAUACACUAAAAAGAUGCAUUUGCCAAAGCUGAAAGUUUCUGGUGUAGCUCACCAAUGUAACGUAUGUGUAAAAUGCUGAAUAGCAUCAUCUUAUUGACCUCUUUUUAACUGCUGUGAAUUAGGACAUAUUCUUUAAAGUUGUGUUCCAAAGAAAAAAGUGUUGAUGCAUUUUCUUUUAUGUACUGAGCACAUGCUUGUUUUGCUUGAAAAGUGUAUAUAACAAAGAAUUAUGUUUUCCUCUCAAUGAUUAUAUUAUUCAUAGUGUAGGGCUGAGCCUGUUUCGCCAUCUACUGUGUUUAUACUGUAAUGUCUCUUGUUUUUAUUAAAGGAAAUUGUGUUUCAAUAAAAAAAUAAUCAAAACAAGAUCCAGAGGAUGAACAGGCAAUUGUUGCUAAUGAGUGUGUUGCAUGUCCUAUUUCACUGUCUUUCUACUGAGUGCUCAUGUGGAGCUUUUUUCAGUAAUUAGUGCAGAGCCUGAGGAAUUAAACAUUUGAAUGCC